GGCUGCAGCGGCAUGGACCUGCAAGGCUGCCAGAAAAACCCCCCCAUGGAUGAGGCGGUCCAAAAAUUUGACUGCGCCGCCAGGUCAAGAAAAAAUUUACCACCACCACGAGGCAGUCAAUAGUCCCCAUCACCGACUUCUUCAACCAAACAGCCACAAUGUUCGUCAAACCCCGGCCCAAGAAAUCUGUGCUCAGCGCGCCUCCCUCCAAGAAGAGAAAGGCGGUCUCCGCAAUCGAGGAGGUCAACUUCGAUUUCGACGCGCGGGAGGACUACCUCACGGGUUUCCACAAGCGCAAGCUGCAGCGGCAGAAAUGGGCACAGGAGCAGGCUGCCUCCAAGGCGCGGGAAGAGAAGAUUGAGAUGCGCAAACAGAUCAGACAAGAGCGCCAACGAGAAGUCGAAGACCACGUUAAUUCCGUGAGCGCUAUACUCAAGGAGGCCCAGGCGGCAGACUCGGACGGGGAUCAGGAGAUCAACGGAUCAGAUUUCGAAGAAUGGGACGGUAUCGACGAGCCAGCCAAGGAUCAGACAGAUAUCGUGGACUACGAAGACGAGUACAUAGACGAGGACCGCUACACAUCGGUCAAGGUCGAAGCCAUAUCCGUGACGCGUGACGGUCUCGAAAAGAUCCACCAAGACUGCGACGAGGAAGAGAACGACAGCCAAGACGAAUCCAAGGCGAAGAAGCCGGCACCCGACAGCAAGCCGGCAAAGUCGAAGAAAGAGUGGCCUAAGAAGAAGCAGAAGAAGUUCACCUACGAAACAAAAUUAGAGAGGUCACUGGGAGCGAGGAAGGCAAAAGCCAAAAAGGCAAGAUUUAAGAAAGAGUAGUUGAAGGAGGGUAUAAUAUCUCGCAUUGGUUGCUGCAGCUGCUUGCCCCAAGGAGUUGCCUCACGCCCAGCGUGGUCCGAGGUGGUUGUGUAUAGAUUCCCAUCAUGUCUGUGUCCGGUGAACAAAGACU